AUGGUGGGCACGGGUUUGGUGGCUGGAGAGGUUGUGAUGGAUGCACUACCGUAUUUUGAUCAAGGUUAUGAAGCUCCUGGUGUGCGGGAAGCAGCUGCAGCACUGGUGGAGGAGGAAACUCGCAGAUACCUACCUACUAAGUACUACCUGAGCUACCUGACAGCCCUGGAUUAUUCUGCCUUUGAAACUGACAUAAUGAGAAAUGAAUUUGAAAGACUGGCUGCUCCACAGCCAAUUGAAUUGACCAGUAUGAAACGAUAUGAGCUUCCAGCCCCUCCCUCUGGUCAAAAAAAUGACAUCACUGCCUGGCAAGAAUGUGUAAAUAAUUAUAAGGCCCAGUUAGAGCAUCAAGCAGUUAGAAUUGAGAAUCUGGAGCUAAUGUCACAACAUGGAUGUAAUGCCUGGAAAGUAUACAACGAAAAUCUAGUUCACAUAAUUGAACACACACAGAAAGAACUUCAGAAGUUAAGAAAACAUAUUCAGGAUUUAAACUGGCAGAGAAAGAACAUGCAACUCACAGCUGGAUCUAAAUUGAGAGAAAUGGAGUCAAAAAGGAAAUUGGAAGAGUCUUCUUACCAUUCUCACUUUGUUAUUAACCCUUCUUUACUCCUAAAGAAGUGGCGAGUUUAUACCGAGGUGGCUACAGCCGAUUUGCCCCCUACUGAAGUGACGUGA